AUGGCUUUUGCUCGACGGGUCCCGAUGCUCGGGGCCUUGGCUCUGACGUCUCCGUUGGCCUUGGCCUUCCUCCGGCUCCCCUACGAGCACCCCUUGGGCUCCUUGGGCUCCGUCUCCAGGGACUCCAGGGCGCGGCUGAUGAUCCCCCCUUUGAGAGCCCUUCAAGGCGACCUCGGAAAUCUGCGAAAGCGCGAGCUGAUUGAGAUGCUGACGAGCCAGAACGUAGACGCCGCAGGCCUCACAAAGCCAGAGCUACUGCAGCGUCUCAUGGAUCUUGACGGCAGGUCGACUACUGUUAAACCUUCUAUGUCCCAGCGUCAAGUCGCAGAAAUCGCCAUGGACGACUGGCAAAAUGCCACGACCGUGGGAUUCGAUUGCAAGUCAGGGAGGCAUACUGCAGAUGGGGUGGAGUUUGACAUCAUUGGGCCGACUGGCAUGAUAGAGCACACGACCCGAUUCUCCACGUCCUGGCCUCCGACAUGCACCUGCCCCGAUGCGAGACAGUGGGGCAGUCAGUUGCGAUGCAAGCACGUGUGCAUGAUCCUGGUGAAGUGUGGUGUCCCUUAUGCAGCAGUUGCUGACGACGACUGGAAGCCAGGCGAAAUGGAAAUUCAGAGCAUCAUCCACCACAUGAAAGGGCAAUGGUCGCCCAUCCCACUGCAGGCCCUGAUCUAUGGAUCCGUGCAUCAAGAUGAUGCAGCACGAGACUUCGCCGAAGGGCUGCUGGGUUCGAUCUGGUCACUCCGCUAUGCCAAGAAGCUGCCGCAGAGCUUCCUGCUGUUUGCCCAGACGGCGCUGUUUGCCGCCCACUUGGCUACGGGAUCCGAAGCCGUCCCGAAGCAGUUGCGGGAGAUGCCCGGGGCGUUCGUGAUUCACAAACCUGCAGGCUGGUGUGUGGACCAGGGCGAAGAAAGCCUGGCUGAGGCGGAGGAAGAUGAGACGAUGAACUACUUGUCCACCUUUGUGUCAACAUUGAUGCCGACUCGGCGCUACGCCAUCCUCAGUGACAAGCUGUAUUGGCGAGGCUUUUUGCAUCGACUUGAUGUGCCAACCUCAGGCCUGAUACUGGCGGCGACCACCCACGACGUUUUCUACGACUUGACUACCAGGUCCUUUGCCAUGGAUGGCUUCGUGGUUUGGUCGCCCGUCCUCUACGUGGAUGCGGCUGUCGGCAUCUUUCCUGGUGACGUCGCAAGUCCUGAGCCUGUUUUGGGCAAGAUUGCCCAGAUCAGGGCUGAACGGGAGCAGCGCGAUAAGGACUUUGCGAUCCUCCAGGACAUCAUUGGCCCGACACCACCACCUCCGCCUGAGCCUUCGCGCAGGAUGACGUUGGUGCUGCGCAAGAUUCCUGUCAUCAGCUUGAAGUACCAUCGAACGCGAAUCGGGUCGCUGUGCUACUUCGCCAGCAUCGGGGAUACACCCAGCGUGAAGUACUUGCUUGAGCAGGCCAGGCGAGGUGGCGACGACUUUUUUGUCAACAGUGUGGACGACGAAGUGUGCAGGCGCACUGCACUACAUUACUGCGCCGUCGAGGGCAACGUGGAGGUGGCCGAGGCCCUGCUGCAAGCCGGGGCAGACGUCUUCCUGCGUGACAGGGAGGAGCGCACUCCCCUGCACCUGGCGGCAGCGAUGGGUCAGGUGGGCGUUGCCAGGCAGCUGCUCGGAACUUGUGUGUCAAGGAUCCGUGAGGCAAUGUUGCAGCGAUUUCGCGCAGAGAGACUCGAGCCAACAGAUCCGUGGGAGGAUCCGUCGAUGGCCGACCAGCGGGCCGCGAAGCGUGUCAUGGCCGAGUACCUCCAAGUGCUGGAGGAGACACGGCGGGACCUCUGCUUGUCAGAGGACCGGCAUCAGUUCACGUGCCUCCACUACGCGGUGCGAGACGCCUAUGCUGGCUGCUUUCAGGUACUCAAGCUUCUCCUCGGCAGUUUCUUUGAGUUUCCACGGGGACGGGAGACGGACUCCAUCAUGACGAAGAAGCUCUUCGAGAUUCAGCCAGGGCCCGGACUCUUGAAGCUUCUUUCCGGAUUUCUCCUGGAAGAGGAGCUGGCCCGCAAGAGACUGAACCCAUGCGCUUCAAUUCAAUCUGUUUUGUACAUCGCUCGAUCCUUUCUGGCUCGUAGCCAUCCGGCUCGGGGAUCCCGCCUAGCCAGCCUUCCGCUGAGCCGACUCAGGCGUGCCGCCCGAUAG